UUCACUGUCAAAGUGACUGGCUUUUGUCACAGAAUUCCGGGUUAUAAAGGGAAGGUACAAAGGAUCCAGAGCAGUUAGCCGAGCCAGUUCCACUCCUUGACAGAGCUGGUGGGCAGAGGCUCGCCCGGCGGUGGUGGGCUUCACAUGGGCAACACCAUCAGGUCUCUCGUGGCCUUCAUCCCCACUGAUCGCUGCCAGAGUUACGUGGUGGGGGACCUCCGGGAGAUGCCGCUGGACAGGAUGGUGGAUCUGAGCGGGAGACAGCUGCGCCGAUUCCCGCUACACGUGUGCUCCUUCACCGAGCUGGUAAAGCUCUACCUCAGUGACAACCACCUCCACAGUCUGCCUCCAGAUCUGGCACAGCUGCAGAACCUGCAGAUCCUGGCCUUGGAUUUCAACAACUUCAAAGCCCUUCCUCGGGUGGUGUGUACCUUGAAGCAGCUCUGCAUCCUCUACCUGGGCAAUAACAAACUCUGCGACCUCCCGGCUGAGCUCAGCCUGCUCCAGAACCUCCGUACCCUGUGGCUUGAGGCCAACUGCCUCACCCAGCUGCCCGAUGUGGUGUGUGAGCUGAGCCUCCUUAAGACCCUGCAUGCGGGCUCCAAUGCCUUACGGCUGCUGCCGGGCCAGCUCAGGUGCCUGCGUGAGCUCAGGACCAUCUGGCUCUCAGGCAACCAGUUGGCUGACUUCCCCCCUGUGCUGCUUCGCAUGCCCUUCCUGGAGGUGAUCGAUGUGGAUCGGAACAGUAUCCGCUACUUCCCCAGCCUGGCCCACUUGACCAACCUGAAGCUGGUCAUCUAUGACCACAAUCCUUGCAGAAAUGCCCCUAAGGUGGGCAAAGGUGUGCGCCGUGUUGGGAGAUGGGCAGAAGAGACAACAGAGCCUGAGCCCAGAAAAGCUAGGCGAUAUGCACUGGCCCAGGAUGAGUCAAGAGCCAUCUGCUCCCCUUCCUCCUCCCAGCUCCUGAGUAGCCUCGGUUGCAGGCCGGUCAACAUGGGCCCAACUCAUCCGAAGACACCUCAUUAGAGUGGAUGGGGGUCGCGGCUCACCCCAGGUGAGGCGCUGUUUGUAAAGGGAUAUUGAGAAGAAAACAUUUCCAUUCCACUGCAGCUCUUUCUAGUGCAAGGUGUGGUCUGUUUGUGGCCUGGAACCCAGAGUGACCGUCACUCCUAAAGCAGCUUCUUCAAAUAAGCAAUUUUCAGACCCUUUGGCCUUUUCCACUAUGCAGAAAUGGCUGGACC